UGGCAUGACGGUUGAGGAGGGAUCACAGGGCAAUUGUUGGUACCUUUGGCAUGAUUCAAGAUAGCAAAUAUGAGUGAAGAGUUUAAUUCUAAAAGGGACCCAAUGGAUCUCUUGCAUCAGUUGGAGGACAUCCUUGAAUCUGAUGCUCUAAUUGAUGAGCUGGGCUAUAUUCAUCCAUCCCAGUUUUCCUUGCUCCAUGAAGAAUCAGGCAUUUCAUCUAAUUUAUUUGUUGGUGCUAUUCAUCACUCAUCAGACAGGAUUGUAGGCUUUGAGGAAUCUUCCAAACAAGACAGUCUAAUUUUCUGGAACAGAGAUCAUAAAUUGGGAAUUUCAACUGAUGUUCUUUUACCUUUGUAUAGAGCUGCUAAACAUGCAUUUAUGACUACAUUUAAACAAUACAGGAUAUGUGGCAAUCAAUCUGACAAAGUUGACAUUUGUUUACCUGCCUCUUCAUCUUGUAGCCAUCUUGACAGUCUACUUCUGAGAAGCAGCAAGUCUCUUCUGCUGCUAAGCUGUGAUUUUAUGACUGCUUGGAAUUGCAGAAAGUUAAUAGUGUCCAAGAAGAAGCAGCUCUCAAUGUUUAUAGAUGAACUUCUCCUGUCAGAACUUGUUCUCUCAAAUUCACCCAAAAGCGAACAAGCUUGGAAUCAUAGGCGGUGGGUGAUCAAGUCAAUCUCUGCAAACUGUUCAAAUUUCAAAGAGAUUUUGGGAAAAGAAUCUGAGCUGGUGGAAAAAAUAGCUGAGAGAUCAAAAAUGAAUUACCGUGCAUGGAAUCACCGUUGCUGGUUAAUCCCACGCAUGACUAUUGAACAGGUGAUGUACGAGUUAAAGAAAUGCAGAAGUUGGGCUGCGCUGCAUGUUGCUGAUAAUUGUUGCUUUCAUUAUCGCAGACAAUUAUUGCUGAAAAUCAUGGAGGAGCAAAAUUUUGUGGAAGAAACAGUAACUUGUGGUCAUAAUGCUAACGUUAUUCAAGCCUUGAAGGAUGAACUUGAUUGGAAUGAAACAUUGAUAAAACGUUAUUUGGGAAGAGAGGCUCUAUGGCUUCAUCGUCGCUUCCUUUCCAUGUGCUGGAUAAAUAACUUUCUAACUAAUUCUGGAGAUGCAUCCUACCAUUCCAAAGAGGGAGUCAGCAUGUAUCGUGACUCUGGCACCUUUCUGCAGAAUGAAUUAUGUCUUUUCCUCUCCUGCUCAUCUUUUGUUGAUAAUGAUUUUGACGAUUUCCAAGCACAAGCCACAUAUUGUGCUAGUUACAUACUAUGGUUGAAAGUGCAAGUCCCCAAGCCUCUGGAAAAUGAGCUCCUAGAGAAGAUAAGAGAUGUAGAUCUGAAGACUGUGUUGGAUAAGUCAUGUCCAGAAAGAUCCUCACUAUUCAAUAACUUUCUGAGCUAGAUGGAAGCUUAUGAGCUAUGUGGGAUGGAGUAGAUCUUAUUGUGAUUUUAACAAUUCAUUUCUUUUAUAUAUGACGCAUGAAUC